GGGGCGGCCUUGGUAGGCCCACGUGGGGAAAGGUCAAAAUGGGCUCAAUUUCAGAAUAGCUGUGGGACCUGCACUCUCGAGAUCUUGGCACACAGCAAGUCUGGGAAGAAAGGCCAGGUGCUCAAGGUCAGAGGUCUAAAGUCCUCUGCCCUCCAGGAUGGUGCUGCUUUCUCUGAAGCUUCAAGAUCUAAUUGAGGAGAUUCGUGGGGCCAAGACCCAGGCCCAGGAGCGGGAGGUGAUCCAAAAGGAGUGCGCCCAUAUUCGGGCCUCCUUCCGUGAUGGGGACCCUCUGCACAGGCACCGCCAGCUAGCCAAGCUGCUCUACGUCCACAUGUUGGGCUACCCCGCCCACUUUGGACAGAUGGAGUGCCUGAAACUGAUCGCCUCCCCCAGAUUCACAGACAAGCGGGUGGGCUACCUGGGGGCCAUGCUUCUACUGGAUGAGAGGCAGGAUGCCCACCUGCUCAUUACCAACAGCAUCAAGAAUGACCUGAGCCAGGGGAUUCCUGCAGUCCAAGGCCUGGCCCUAUGCACUCUGAGCUCCAUGGGCUCUGCCGACAUGUGCCGAGACCUGGCCACCGAGGUAGAGAAACUGCUCCUACAGCCCAGCCCCUAUGUGCGCAAAAAGGCUGUCCUGACUGCAGUGCAUAUGAUCCGGAAGGUCCCUGAGCUCUCCAACAUCUUCCUCCCACCUUGUGCCCAACUGCUUCAUGAACGCCACCACGGCAUCCUGCUGGGCACCAUCACGCUGAUCACCGAACUCUGCGAACGAAGCCCUGCAGCCCUCAAGCACUUUCGAAAGGUGGUACCCAAGCUGGUGCUGAUCCUCCGGACUCUGGUGACAACAGGAUAUUCUGCAGAACACAGCAUAUCUGGAAUCAGCGACCCCUUCCUGCAGGUCCAGAUACUUCGUCUGCUUCGGAUUCUGGGCCGGAACCACGAGGAGAACAGUGAGACCAUGAAUGACUUGCUGGCCCAGGUAGCCACCAACACAGACACCAGCCGAAAUGCAGGUAACGCGGUCUUGCUUGAGACGGUGCUGACCAUCAUGGACAUCCACUCUGCCGCUGGCCUUCGGGUUUUAGCUGUCAACAUUCUUGGCCGUUUCCUGCUCAACAAUGACAAGAACAUUAGGUAUGUGGCACUGACAUCGUUGCUGCGACUGGUGCAGUCUGAUCACAGUGCUGUGCAGCGGCACCGGUCCACUGUGGUAGAAUGUCUGCAGGAAUCUGACGCAUCCCUCAGCCGGCGGGCCCUGGAACUGAGCCUGGCUCUGGUGAACAGCUCCAACGUGCGGGCCAUGAUGAAAGAGCUACAGUGCUUUCUGGAGACCUGUCCCCCUGAUCUUCGGGCAGACUGUGCCUCAGGCAUCCUGCUGGCUGCGGAGAGGUUUGCCCCAACCAAGCGCUGGCACAUAGAUACCAUCUUGCACGUGCUGACGAUGGCAGGCACCCAUGUACGGGAUGAUGCCGUGGCCAAUCUGACACAGCUGAUCGGGGGUGCCCACGAGCUACAUGCCUACUCCGUGCGCCGCCUCUACAGUGCCCUGGCAGAGGACAUCUCCCAACAACCGCUGGUCCAAGUGGCAGCCUGGUGCAUCGGAGAAUACGGGGACCUCCUGCUGGAGGGGAGCUGUGAAGAAACUGAACCCCUUCAGGUGGAAGAGGAGGAGGUGUUGGCACUGCUGGAGAAGGUGCUCCAGUCCCAUAUGUCCCUGCCAGCCACCCGAGCGUACGCCCUCACAGCCCUCAUGAAGCUCAGCACCCGGUUUCGUGGGGACAACAACCGCAUCCGCCAGGUGGUGUCCAUCUACGGGAGCUGCCUGGACGUGGAGCUGCAGCAGCGGGCCGUGGAGUAUAACAUGCUCUUCCGGAAGUAUGACCACAUGAGGGAUGCUAUUCUAGAAAAGAUGCCUCUUCUGGAGCGAGGUGGCCCUCAGGUUGAUGAGGAAACAAAGGAAAGCAAAGAAGAAGCCCCACUUUCCGAAGUAACCCCUCCCCCCGCGGAGCCCCAGGCCUCAAAUCUCUUGGACCUGUUAGAUCUCCUGGAUGGCACUUCUGGGGAGACCCAGCAUCUUCCACCUCUGGCUCCCUCCCCAGGAGAUGCCUUGGUACAUCUCCUUGAUCUUCCCUGUGCGCCUCCACCCCCAGCUCCCAUCCCAAAUCUCAAAGUAUUUGAGCGCGAAGGACUACAGCUGAAUCUGUCUUUUGUGCGACCCCCUGAAACCCCUAAUUUGCUCUUAAUAACAAUCACCGCUACCAAUGCCUCAGGGGAUGACAUCACCCAGUUCAUCUGCCAGGCCGCUGUGCCCAAGAGUUUACAGCUACAGCUACAGGCCCCCAGUGGGGACACAAUUCCAGCUCAGAGUGGACUUCCAAUAACCCAGCUUCUCAGAAUCCUCAAUCCUAACAAGGUCCCCUUGCGGCUCAAGCUGCGCCUCACUUACAACCACUUUGGCCAGUCCGUGCAGGAGAUCUUUGAGGUGAACAAUUUGCCCAUGGAGACCUGGCAGUAACUCAGCCUGCACACUUGGAGCCUACACGUCAGGGCUACCAGCAGGUGGCGCUCUGGUACCAUGCAUGCCACUGUAGAAACUGAGGGCCUGCCCCCAACCCCCAAAUAAUGAAAACCCAAUAAACCGGAAGGGGAAAGGCCAAAUCUGAAUGUAUUUGAGGUAGAGAAGUCUGAAUAACAGCAAAGGGGAAAG